AAAUAACCCCCCCCCGCGCUGCGCCCCCCUCCACACCUUUACCCUCUUUUCCUGUCUCUCUGGAGUACACGCGGAGCGGGACCACGGGGCGAUGAGGAGUCCCCGUUAAAAGGAUAUUCUGCUUGUUUGUUUCAUCAACCCGGAGCAGCGGCCGGAGCAUGGCGGGCGGAGCCCGGGAGGUGCCGGUGAACUCCUCGCCCGCGGUGGCGGCCAACGCGGAGGGGGAGGAGAUCGAGGUGUUGGAGAGCACCGACGUUCUGCCCGUGGCAGUGGAGGACCAAUGGAAGUCUCUGUUUGACAAGUACGAUCCAGAGAAUUCAGGCUUCAUCAGCACGGAGCGUUUUAGGGACCUGCUGGCGACCCACGGGUCAGAGCUUGACCCCCACAAACUGGAGGUUCUGCUAGCCCUCGCAGAUGGCAACGCAGAUGGAAAGAUCUGCUACCAAGACUUUGUCAACCUGAUGAGUAACAAGCGCUCAAACAGCUUCCGGAGGGCCAUCCUGCAGGGCAGCAGGCAGCUAAAAGGCUGUUCCCUGAGAGAGGAGGUGGGCCUGGGCUUGUCUCAGCGGCUCGUCCGACACGUCGCCUACGAGACGUUGCCCCGCGAGGUGGAUCGCAAGUGGUACUUCGACAGCUACACCUAUUGCCCCCCGCCGUGGCUCAUCAUCGCUAUCACCAUCGCAGAGGUAGCAGUAUUUAUGUACUAUGGCCUCCAGUUGGACCGCUGGGUUCUCCAGGUUUCCAGUCCAUCUUUCCUGAAGAGCCCCCUGCCUUACCACCCCCAGCUACGAGCCCAAGCCUGGAGGUAUCUCAGCUAUGCCUUCAUGCACACUGGGAUUGAACACUUGAGUCUCAACAUGGCUAUGCAGCUGCUGGUAGGAGUUCCUCUGGAAAUGGUUCAUGGAGCACUGAGGAUUGGGCUGAUAUAUGUGUGUGGCAUUCUAGCAGGAUCGCUUGCAGUGUCAGUCACUGAUGUGACUGCUCCAGUGGUAGGCUCAUCUGGAGGGGUCUACGCCCUGGUCUCGGCACACCUGGCUAACGUUGUAAUGAACUGGUCGGGUAUGAAGUGUCAGUUUAAGUUGUUCCGGAUGGCCAUGGCUUUGGUUUGCAUGAGUGUUGAGUUUGGUCGGGCAGUGUGGCUGCGAUUCUACCCUCCGGCAUUUCCGCCAUGCCCCAACCCCAGCUUUGUGGCCCAUCUCGGUGGGGUAGCAGUGGGGCUGACUCUUGGCGUGGUGGUCCUACAAAACUACGAGCAGCGACUCCAGGAGCAGACCCUGUUUUGGAUCUUCUUCUUUGUCUAUACCCUCUUUGUGCUCUGUGCUGUCUUCUGGAACAUAUUCGCCUACAGUCUGCUGGACGUUCGACUACCUCCACCACCAUGAAAACUUUCUUGGAGGAGGAGGAGACACUGUAAUCCCCCCCUCCCCCUUUCACUCUUUCUCUGUGUGUAUUUGUCCUGUUUCUUGGAUAGAUAAGUAACCUUAAUCCCCGCACUGUCUGGAACUUUCCUCAAUUCCCAUCGUAAGGUCAUCAGAGUCAUCUGACCACCAAUCCCCAACCAAGCCAAGGCCUCUGAAACAGGAGUAUCAGACACACUUACAGACCUUUCUUUCCACCCAUUCCCUCAUUUUUUUUUUUGCUAAACAUUGAGUCUUAACUGUCCAAACCAUCCCACUACACCCAAAUUAACCCUUUCCGCUCCCACUCUCUCAUCUCUGACUGGUGUUUGUCUGUGGUAUGUUUGGCAAUUUGGAUUUUACCUGACAAAGUAUUGUCGGCUAAUGAGGGGUCACGUAUUAAAUGGCAUCAAGCUCCGAUGCCUUUUCGUUCAACCCAAUGGUGCCUAUUCACUGAGAAGUCAGCCUGAUGAAAGUCUGUCUGCACAACCAGCCUUCUUUUAGGCUUCAGUAGUGGAAACUGUUAAGAUGAGCAAUCCUACAGCAGAACAUUUUGAAAUUUGUCUUAGAAAGCUCUUGCUUCAUUUUCAGUAAAUUAAUCAUAGGA